GAAGUCACAGAUAAAAUAGCACGCUAUCAUCAUAAAAGAAGAAGAAAGUUCCCAAAGCACAGGAGCGAAAGUCGUCCGAGGAAGCAUGGAAACCAACGUUAUUUAUGCUAAUUUGCGCGCGACUCGUGAAUUUCAAAUUAGUCGACAUGAUGUGUACAAAAUGGCGGAUGCACUCUUACAAAGCAGUCCGAACGAUUUGGGCCCUUUACGCUCAAAUUCAACCGAGGAUGACAGCGUUUGUACUGAGGAUUCGUCCUUGAGUCCUAAGAGUAUUGAAUCGGACUGGAGUUUUACUACAUUUGGGAGUAAAGCGAACAGUUUAGAGGAUGAUUACGAUGGCCGUUCGAACGACGUCUUCGUCGGCACCAAUGGAGACUUUGAUUGUACAGACAAAAAAUCGUCGAUUGUAGAUGGAUUGUUAUUUGAAAUUUACGAUCAUUACCACACUAGAGACUCAGUCGAUAGUGACAAUGUAACCGAAUGUUCAACAACUUCUGGGAGUAUUUUUGGAGAGUCUUUUGAUCUCGAAGAUCAAGGAGAAAAAUGGACUCGAAAUUCCCUUCAAAGCAAAGAUCUCGAAGAAAUUCGUGUUUUAGCCAAAGAAUACAAAGUCCGUAUUUCAAUGUUGUCUGCUAAACUCGUAAAACAGCUAAAAAGGCGGGCAAAAAACGCUUACAAGCUUCAGAAGAACUUUGAUAUUUUAACUGCAGUGCUUCAAGCUGUUUCUCUCAAAAGAAGGGUGGACACAAGAAUUAGAUUUUCCUAUAUCCCACAGAAUGGCAAGAAAGCAUUUAGACAGUGGUUAGAUGCCUUUAAAUCAAUAGCUCGUCUGCCUCAAGGCCUACCAGCUCCUUGGAGAAAAAGGCUGUGGCUGUGUCUUGCUGAGCAUAGUUUGUCAGACCUUGACUGGUCAAAAACAGCUAAGUUCUGCUUCAAUGAAAAAAGAAACCCCGAUGAUGACGAGCUAGGAACACAAAUAGUCAAGGACCUCCAUCGCACUGGUUGUGCUUGGUUCUGUGGUGAUGAUACCCCUGAAGAGCGAGCAGCUCUAAAGAGAGUAUUACUGGCAUAUGCGAGAUGGAAUAAGUCUGUAGGAUAUUGUCAAGGUUUUAAUGUAGUCGCAGCGUUGAUUUUACAAGUGAUGGGGAGAAACGAAGAGGAUUCACUUAAGGUUAUGAUCUACAUCAUCGAUCACGUUCUCCCAACAAAUUACUUCUCCAAUAAUCUUCGUGCUCUGUCUGUGGACAUGGCGGUACUAAGGGACUUAAUGCGACUCAAACUUCCUAAACUCUCCCGUCAUCUUGACACAUUACAGGCCCAGGCCAUAGCACAACAUGGUGGAUCUUCAGGAUAUGAGCCUCCACUUAUCAAUGUAUUUACAAUGCAAUGGUUUUUAACACUUUUCUCGACAUGUUUACCUCAAGACACAGUAUUGCGUGUUUGGGACUCGAUCUUACUGGAUGGCUCAGAAGUUCUUUUGAGAGUUGCGGUUGCUAUUUGGGCUAAACUAGGAGAGCAUCUGGAAGAUGUUGAAACAUCGGACGAGUUUUAUGGUAAAAUGGGUGUUCUUAUACAAGAGAUCGCACAGGGGGAUUUGAUCGACUGCCAAGCGCUCAUGCAGACCGUGUAUUCAGUGGCACCAUUCCCUCUUCCUGGUCUCGCGGAGCUACGUGAACAGUACACUUACGAUAUUCAUCCAUUUAGUGACAGAAAAAACUCGCGAUCAAAUCUGGGUAAUGCGUCAAGUGAUGAAGACGACGAAGACAUUGAUACAGAUUCAGUUGGCUGUUUAGGAGUUCUUUUACCUUUUUCGGAAUUCUCAUCUCCUCCAGGAGGAAACUCCAAGACUUUACCAGAGAGUGAGUUUUCGGGUAGAAAAAGUAGUGACAUUGCACAAGCAAGCCCUGGGGUUUUUGCAACUGACGUGUAUAGCCCAGUAUCGUAUACUUCGCGUCAAACUGAUCGUAAGUCGUCUACAUCGUCAUCGGCACCCGAGGAGGUUAGUAAUUUACAGAGACAAUACUCGAAAAUCCGUCAGCUACAGCAGCAAGCAGUUGUAGUGUUUAGCGAGGCAACUGUGCAGAAUAUACAAGAUGCAGACAAGAAAAGUUCAAGUAGUCCUUCAGCUAUCAAUCAUUUAUUUGUUUCGGCGACUAAACGUAGACCGGUUCGAGGGAAACCUUCGACAAAUAGUGAAAGCGCUGAGAAAACCGACGAGAAGGUACAGCAAAAUGCUUACGAGAAAGAAAGCACGGCUCACUUGAAUACGCUGUUCAAAGGAAAUCAUAAACCUAACGAUAGCCAUCACACAACAUCUACACCUAAAUCGAACUCACCGCCUUCAUUGGCAACUACAGCUAAACCAAAACUAGAACAUGUUGGUCUAAACGGUGAAGUUUGUAAGCUUGAAGUCCCCGAAAAUCAUGCCAAUGGACACAAGCCGGUUUCAUUGCAUAGUGCUAAUGAGAAUUCGUAUGAGAAAAGAUCUCUCGGUAAUAAUCCCUCCUCAAAAGUUGAAGUACUUAAGGAGAACAGCCCAGCUGUUUUCGUUUCCAAUAACCGAACAGAGCCAAGAGGAAAAUCAAAUGUUUUUCAGUCUUCUUCCAGUAAGAAGUCUUUAGAAGGACCCAGUAAGGAUUCUUCAAGUUCAAUAGACAAUCCUUUUAUGAAAUCGUGGAUGUUACAGGAGGAUCAACGGUGUAAAUAUCCAGCUAAUUUUAAUCCUUUUCCACAAAGAAGCAAAGCUACUCCAAGAAGUAGGAUUUUGUAUGGGAACAUAUCCGAUAAAGGGGGAAAAAGAAAGGAGGCUUUUCAAGCGAGGAAAGCUCCUCGACCUACUAAAGGGAAUUGUAUAGGGGAAGAAGUUAAAUUAAGCAUAGGUAGUAUGUACUAAGGUGUAUUACGUUUGCAGUUGCAGAAUAUAAACACAAACCCUUCAAACAGAACAAUUUUCCCAGGUAAUGUGGUACCACACAAUGACCACAAGGGGAAAAACUGCCUAGAAUGCAAUGAAGAAAAAAGAUGUUCAUUUGAACAUUAUAAAUUCUAUGCAUUAAAGUUAAUUAACAAACCUUUGACUGAAACCUCUUACCCUGGGAACCAGAGGCUAGAUUUACUCGUUCUUGUAGUUUAAAGAAAAGAUAAAUCCAGCCUCUGGUUCCCAGGGUAGAAACCUCUCAGAAAGAAACAAGUUUUUUUCCUGGUAUCAUUUGAUGGGUUAUUGAGUUGCUAAGUUUCCUGGUAAUUUGAUUUGGCUCCAACAAAUAUUUUUUGUUGAUUGGUCAAUUUGACUUUGACGUAUUGUUUUGUUUUGUUUAUUUUUGUUUUUCAUUCCAUCAUAAUAGCCACGUUUUCAGAAGCCCCAUUUUUUUUUCUUUUUCUUUUUGUCUGAUCGGCCAUUUUUAUAUUUAUCAACCCUAAGUUUUUAUUCAGUUUGUUAUGUUGGUUUAUAAUUAUUAUUUUUUUUACACAUUAGCAGUGGCUGUAUAGGUCUAGUGUUUAAAUUCUGCCAUUAUUUAAAUAAGCGUUAUUAGAUAUAGUUUAUAUUAUAUACAAAGACAUGUACAUUUUAUAAGAAGUAUCAAUUAUUGAAGUAAAAUCAUAGUUAUUAAAUUGAUUUGACGUUAUGUUAUGUGU